AUUUAAUAUUGAGAAAUGAGACCGCAACUUUGCCAUGUUAAUGUUGCUGCUUCUCUGAGAGGAAAGAUGUUGCGUCUGGAACGGCUUGGUCCAGCGUUCAGCUGACUGUGUGAUGCUCCCAGACCAUCUCUCUGUGUAUCGACCGUCAGCCACAAAGCCCUGCGUUCUCGCUGCCUGUACAACGUACACAAUACCUAGAGUCAAUAGAGCGAGGCGCUGCUGGUUAGGUUCAUUUGAGGCCCUGCGUCCGCCAGGCUUAGUCGCAAUCAACUGCAGCGCUGGGACAGCGACGUUGGAGUUGGAAACUACAUCGUGCUGGAACUACGUCGACAGUAUACUGGGACAUGUACACCUGACGCAACCAAGGUGUGUUUGAGAUUUAUUGGAAUACGCAACAGACAACUGUUCUCGCUGAUGCCUUCAUAGAACUCACGCAUCUCACAAAGCCGUAGAAUGCUGCUGCCAAGCUAACCGAACAAUCGCGCACGAACACUCCGUUAUGCUGAAUGUACAUGGGCGUGUCCACCAGUGACCUCACAGAGCUCCGUGUGGGGGAGGGGCUUGUGUAGCCCGAUCCCAGCAUGCCUCCUGCGACCAACCUGCGGAUGCCAUGCUCCACCCUAUUGGUCACCACCGAAGUCUACAACACCACCAGACGCGACACCACCAUCGACAACGACGACCGCAACGCCUUGUUGUACAUCGUCGUCACCCUCCUCUUCUACUCUCUGGGGAUUGUAGUGGGCAUCAUCACGUACCUCAAGCGGGAGAAGCGGGAAAUGGAAGAGUCAAAGACCUUUGAAAUGUUCAUGAGCCUCAAAAGAGACCCAUUCACUGCAACGAAGCUACGUAGAGUUCAAAUUGUGACGGAAAGACUUGAACAACUUGAAAAAUCCAGGGCAGCCUUGGAGAUGUCGGAGCGCAUGGAGCUAGAAAGGUUGAUGUCGGAGCGAAGUGAUGGGGAGGAAGGGAGUCAGGAGGAGGAGGAUAGGGGUAAGGAGGGGGAACAGAUAAGCGUUCAGUCAGCAGAGGACACUGACGUGUCUGAAAGACCAACUGUUUUAGGUGUAUCUGAUUCCAGUUCUAACUCAGAAGACGAUCCAAAGAGACUUCAGUUACAGAAACAGGGUAACGUAUUUCAAGUCUCUCCGUCAGGAGAACCUAUAUCAUCAGUCGUGGCCAAGAUAUUUGACUCUGAGAGACGUGGUGGUCUUCCGAAUUCACCGAAAGCCCUGCAUUUAUUCAAUAGCCGUGGCAGGCUAAGUCGGGAUCAAUCCUUAGACAGCGGUUCCGCUAGGGGGCGCUUGAGCAGAGACCAGUCUGUGGACGUGACAUCUACUUCCGGUAUUAAUGUCGCGGAAAGCAAGACUUCCGGUAUUAAUGUCGCGGAAAGCAAGACUUCCGGUAAUAGUGCCGCCGAGAGCAAAAGUCCCCCAGUGGAACCAGAGGGUUGUCUCGUCACCAACGUGUGAUGUAAUCUUGUAGGAUUUUUUGUGUUCGUUUACUCUUCUCCGAGCGGCCAGUCACAACACAGUUUAGUUUGACAUCACCUCUAUGCAAAGCCCAGACAGUUACAGACUUGAGAUCAUCUCGGCACCAUCACAGUUUUACUUGUUUUAUACUCACAGUGUUUACGAAGUUUCUUCACAGUUUAUCAAUUUAUGCAUCAUUAAACUAAUCUCACACAUA